ACACUAUUCGACCUUGAUAAUUUUGGGGGUCCAUUUUUUGAUUUCCCAAAAAUUAAUAUUUGUAAUUGGGUUUUUUAUUCAUAUUCAGUUCUAUCUGAAAAUAUUAUAGGGAGUAAUAAUUAUUUCAUAAUUUUUGAACAUUUAUCUGUCCAAAUUAUUAUUUUUUACCUGCAGAAUUUUCCUAAAUUUCCCGCUCUGUGAAAACACGCGGUAAAAAUAGAGAAUGAAUUGAUUUAUUUUAUUGGAUCACCGAUCGUUUAAUUCAUUCUCUUGAAAUUUUAAGAAGUGCUUUAUGAAUUCGUUUUAUAAAUAUCAAGAUGCCUGGUCAUGGUUUGCCUUCCAGUAGAAAUUUUUUGAAACUUGAAGAAUAUCCAUUGGAAUAUCAUACCCUUUCAAGAGAAGAGAAUAUCACAAAGUAUCAACAGUUUCAAAGUUGGUGUAACACUUGUGGGAAAUCUUCUUACAAACAGGUUCCAAAUGAAUGUGUUGAACCUUGCAAGAAAAAAUCUAAAGAAACAAAAACAUGUGUGAAAAAAUAUCUAGAUAAUGAACAAUUUGAAAACAUGGAACUUGACUAUCAAUUAAAAGAAGGAUGGUAUGAUACAAAAAAGCAAUUCAGCAAGCCCUAUGAGUGUUGUAGAUUUUCAUCCUUGAAUGGAGCAGAUGAGCAGCAGUACUAUGAUUGUUGUAGAUUCAGACCAAACUUAUGUGAAUUGCCUACUUCUUACAUUAGGAAUACAAAUAAUUGUCAACCAAAUCAAGCUUUGUCAUGUUCAAAAAUGUCAGAUGAUGGUAAGGAAUAUGUUGAGUGUCUUGAAAACAGGGUCAAAUCUUAUGAAAAAGCAAUUAAAUAUGUUGAAUACUCGGAGAAUGCAUCUGUUUUGCAAGUAGAUCAUGAAAAAAUUAGGGAUGCGUAUGAUGGUAGAUUGCAAAAAACAUGUGAGAAGUUAGCAGGGAUACAUUCACAUUUUAAUCCCAUCAUUUCAAGUGAGCGUUCAGAUGAACUUAAACAAACAAAGAAUAAUAUUGGACAUUCUUAUUCUUUGGAAGUGAAGUCAAAUCCUCGCAAUAUAUCUGACAAUCAAUUCAGUGACUUCAGAAAUGUAAAUGAUAAAGACAAGUAUUGCCAAACUGAACCCUGUUUCUGUACAGAUGAUAGUGGAUCUAAUCAUUUUUAUAAUUGUAGUAUACACUAUGAAACUCAAACAUACUUCGAUAAGAAUAGUCAAGAUAGCAGGAAACCAAAUAUUUCAUCUAUUUAUGCUCAAGAAAUGGAAAAUUUGAAGGAGAAAUUGAAAGAAUUAAGAAAUUCCGCAUAUAAAAAUAGCACAUCUGCCGAGAUGGUGGCAGAGUCCCUUGUGGCUAAAGAUAAAGAAAGUGAAGAAAAAGCUUGUAGAAUAAUGAACAAAGAGUCCCCUAAAGUUAUAAGACGGACGAAAACAAGAUUGAUCCGAGUUAAAACAAGGGGCAGAGUUGCUAAUACUAUUAAAGUUCGGAGAACAAAUACUAAGAGUACUCUGUCUUCCAGGACCUCUUCUAUCGAACUGGAGGACUCUCAUAGCGAUUAUAGUGGUUCUGAUGAGAGUUUGAAAGAAAUGGAUGAAGAUUCUCAAGUGUCUGAUAAUGUACCUACUGAGAGCACAAAAAAUGGAACAGCUAGAGAAUCCGUCAAUGUGGUGGAAAAUAUAGGUUCAGGAGAUUCCGCGGUCUGGCCACUCAGGGAAAGUCUAUUUCCGAACGUUCCGCCUUAUAUUAGUUUCAAUUCUUUCAAUGCCGAGGUACCAAGGAGAAUGCCCAUAGGAAGGAAGUUUUUCAAAUGGAAACUUAGUACUAUAACACCAAUCGUAGUGAGGAAAGUUUUAUCAAACUCGGGUUUCGCGUUGGUCCGAAGUGAGUUCACAAGAGAAUCGAACCAGUGGCUAGGUACGUGGGGCAAGCACAUAAAGUCGCCGAUGUUCAAAACCCUGAAAAUUCAUCAGAAACUCAACCAUUUUCCCGGCACCUUCCAGUUGGGGCGAAAGGAUAGGUUGUGGCGAAAUUUCCAGCGAAUGAUAAACAACUACGGUCUUAAGGAAUUUGGUUUUCUUCCCUACACGUACGUCCUUCCUCAGGAGUUGAAGUUGCUAAAGUACAAUUGGGAGAACAAAAAUACGGGAGGCGAAUGGUUCAUAAUCAAACCUCCGGCUUCUGCGAGAGGUGUUGGAAUAAAAGUUAUCAAUAAGUGGGCUCAGCUACCUAAAAAGACCAGUUUGGUGGUACAAAAAUACAUAGCUAAUCCGUACUUGAUAAAUGGGAGUAAAUUCGACUUGAGAUUGUACGUUCUUGUUACUAGCUUCAAUCCUCUACGAGUGUAUUUAUAUUCCGAAGGUCUCGUUAGAUUUGCCAGUGUAAAAUAUAGUAAUAAUCCAAAGGAUAUAAAAGAGAAAUAUAUGCACCUCACCAAUUAUAGUAUAAAUAAAUUAUCCAGUAAUUACACUGCCAACGAUGAUGCUCACUCCACGCAAGGCCACAAGUGGACGAUAACCAAGUUGUUGGAAUAUCUGAGUCACGAAGGGGUGGAUACGAAUCUCCUAUGGAAAAAUUUAGAAAUGCUGGUCGUGAAAACAAUGAUAGCCUGCGAGCAACCGAUAUCUGAGUUGUGCUCAGAAAAUAUGAACACCAGGUACAACUGUUACGAGCUGUUCGGUAUCGAUGUUCUUUUGGACGAUAAAUUGAAACCCUGGUUGUUAGAGGUUAAUAUAUCGCCAAGUCUUCAUAGCUCGUCGCCCUUGGAUGAACACGUCAAGGGACCUUUAGUACAAGCCCUAUUCAACAUGGUACAGUUUCACUUCCCUUCGAAACUGGCCCCCUUUGUUAAACCCCAUCUGAAGUGUUUCGAGUCUAAGAUGUAUACGGCGAAUUUAACUCAAAGGGAGACCAACAAGCAUAGCAAGUUCACGAAUAUGUUGAAGAGGGAGGAGUAUUUGGAAGCCAUCCUUGAGAACCUCACAGGCGAUGACGUUAGACAUCUGAUUCAAGCGGAAGACGAAUUGACAGUGAAGGAAAAAUUCGUUAGGAUUUUCCCCACUUCCUCGUCGCACAAGUUAUUGGAUUUCAUGCCUCCUAGAUAUUACAACCGUCUGUUCGAUGCGUGGGAGACGAAGUAUCAUAACAACCGAGAAAAGGGUAUACAGAGGCUUCAGGUCUUAUGCGCGCAGAGGGUUCACAUGAAAGGAGCCACUAUUUCGAACAUGCAAAAGAAUGGUCAAACUACGAACCAUGGAGUGAAAACGCCUGCAACGAAGGAGCCAUCUCCUCCGAGGGAUACUUUUUCAAUAAAUAAAAUGUUCUCCGACGCGACGGGCAUACAUCAAGAACUCCCUUUGGUACCAUCGACUCAAUAGAACCCUGAGGGCGAUCGGGUGAAUACUACAAGUGUACUGCCAUUAGUAUAGCCUAGAUGUAAUUUCACUCUGUCAGAGGAUAAACCUUAUCCGAUGUUGAAAAUUAACCAUAUACUUUUACAUUUAUUCUUUGUAGCUUAUCGUUUUGAAAUAGCAGGAUAUUUUAUUUGAUGAAAUAACAUGUACACUUCUGCAUUUAUUUAUUGUAACGUUUUUUUUUUCGAUUAUCAAGAUGUUUUUGAAGUAUUUUUAAUAUAAACUAUUAAGAAA